ACAUAUAUGAGUACCUAUAUGAGGUAGGUAGCCGCUCGCCUCUACAAGAUGCCCAGUUCGUUCAAACCGUAGGCGUAGAAGUCUGAUGCAAGUAUCCUAGUUGGGGUUUUGUUGAUUGCUUGCGUGGCAACUCGGUGAUUUUUCAUGCUCGCUGCCAUUGACGUUGUCACCACUCACUUGGCUUGGCUUUGAGCCAUGAUUUGUUUGACAGGUUCGGGGUUGUGAAAUUUAGGUGUGCACGACAGAGCCGCAACGUCUCAUUUUUGGUUUGUUUCUUGCAUCGGAUUGCCCGAGUUAUUAUCACUCAAGGUUACAAAAGCGCGUGGUUGCCUCUCGUUGGACCGUCUCGCCGUUUAUAUAUCCGAGUGUUCUCACCUUGUUUAACCAGACCAGCAACCAUCACUCCUACCCUAUCCACUGGUCGGUAUAGUAGGUACACACAGACACUUGCCUUGGUCAUAUGUAAACGUCGUUAGUUAUUUCUUCGGGAAAUAAUCUUGGUCGUGACUGGGAGUGUGACUCGACUCUUACAAACAACAGUCACCUGCUCAGGCACCGAACCAACCACCUUAAGUCAGGCUUCACUUAGUCCUACUCGGCUUUCCCUGACAUACCUAUAUCUAUUUAAUCUUUAAUAUUGCAACUAUCAACCUACAUACAUAGCCUAAAAGUACUAUACUUUCUCUAAUCCUAGCUUUUCAUCGCUUAUCAAUAUGCCUUCCAAGACUGAAGACACUACUACCGCUACUCCUACUCUGGGCGAGGAGAUCAAUAUUGCUAUACGCCCCUUACACACAAAGCUCAACAAGCUAGUUACCCGUCGCUUACGUCUAGCUCUCCCUCCAUAUUCUGAUGAUGCGAAGAACUAUGUCACAGGGCUACUGCACAUCGCGCCCAUCUACCAGGCCUUCGAGAGGGAAUGGGACCACAUUUUAGAGGACUCCCCUGCUACUGCAAAGAUAGAGCCUCGGAUACGUUCGCUCUUAGCAGACAUACGCAUAGAGGGCUUUGCGCGUUCGGGACCCCUACAGGAGGAUAUCGUUACGCUACUCGGGCGGAACGAUGGCUUCGUACGCACACGAAUGGAAUCGGUGUCCCAUGCGCCUGUGCUGGUCGAGUUUAAGAAGCAUAUCCGCGAGGCUAUUCAGGCGCAUCCCCACGUCCUAAUCGCUUAUGCUUGGAUCAUGUACAUGGCGCUCUUCGCCGGGGGACGAUUUAUCAGAGCGUCGCUCGAGCGCGUCGACCAGAGCACCGGGUUCUGGUCGAGUCUAGAAUCCUCCGACAAACCCGAGCCCGAGUUUAGAAUGCCCGGUGCUUAUGACGCCUUUUGCGUCAAGGAUGUUCUUCGAAAGCAACACAUGCAACCACCGCCUCUGAACUUCUUCCUCUUUGACACGCCGGAGAAUGGCGAGGAUUUAAAGAGGCUGUUCAAGGAGGCGCUAGAAGCGGACACUUCGCCCCCGGAGUCAAAGUUGACGGAAGAGGAGCGCGCCGAGGUAACAAAGGAGGGGCUGACUAUCUUCGACUACAUGAUCCGCAUCGUGGGCGAGUUAGACGAGAUCUGUGGCACGGAGUACGAAGAGCAAGCCGCGGCCGCCGCAGCGAAGUAGAGAUCCAAAGGGAGGCCGCCGCCGGUGAGCUUGAAAAGCCGCGAUAGCGUGGUCAUGGAGAGGGAGAAGAGGAUGAAGGCGGCUGCGAAGGGGAGAAGAGUUGGAAACGGCGUGAAGAGGGGAGAAACCGCACCUCCGGAUUUGGGCGAGGGUAGCAGGGGCGGAAAGGGGACCGUGAGAUUUCGAGAGACGGGAUGGAAGACCCAGGAUACGGAGGGAUGGGAAGACUGAUUGAAUCAUGGGUAGGAAUGGGGUGUCCGGGCAUUGGGUUGGUGUGAAUAUGAGAUAUCCUAAACUGCGUUUUCAGGGAAUAGACUUGGGGUUUCUUUCAUAGAUACGGUUUACAGGUUGUAUGCUAAGAAUUACUUGUCAACCCAGGGCUUAACUAUGAUUUGGUAACAAGUGCAAGACAGUUACGCAGCGCCGCGGAUAAAUUUGUAUUUAUUAGGUGGGCUGUAUCUUUCCACCAGUGGAUUGAAUUAUAAGACAAGCAUAGAGAAAAAGGGCAUUUAAUAUAAAUAUACCUAAAUAAAAACCAUUCAAGAUUAGUCGUAUCAGCCAAUCUCUCUUGAA